AUGACAAACAUAAGCAAUAUACCUGUGGGGCCUAUGCCGGGACCCUCCACGGGCUUCUCCAAUUCACAACCACAAUUCGCCGCAGCAGCACCGUCAUCGUCAUCGUCAUCAUCAUCGUAUCCGUCCACGUCGAUGCAAGUGUCAUUCAGGCUGGAUGAGGGCUAUUCAGAGGAGACAAGAAGUCAGACAGGCAGCGAAUUUGCAGUGGGAGGAGAUAUGAAAGCAGGCGUGAUGGCUGGUCAAGCACCAGCUCCAUCUGUGCCUCUACCCGCGUGGGUUUUGGCCCUGAAUGAAGUGGAUCGGACGGAACUUGCAUAUGCAGUCGUGCGAUCCCUCCACACUUCGUCGAUUGCUGCAAUUGUACAGCGACUGGAUCCCUUACUUCACCUGGAUCCCGUCACCUACUUACCCCCGGAGCUGACAUCUGAAAUCUUUUCCUACCUUGACCCAUCAACCUUAUUAAAGGCAUCGACGGCAUCGCGCGCUUGGAGGGCAAGGACGAUGGAUUCAAGCCUAUGGAGACAACUAUACGGUUCGGAAGGCUGGGGUGUAGACGUGCCGCAGAUCCGCAACUUCGAGCGAGAGUAUCUCUAUCCCAAUGGACCCCCGGGACGGGAAACAAGAACUAGGCCAGCCGAUGCCGAUGUCGAUCAACAAGCACAUAAGAGGGUACGGGUCAGGCCGCGGAACCCACCAACCGCACCGGUCGAAGGCGGUCUCUUUGGAAGGGGACCUAGAUCACCUUUGCAGACGUCAUAUGGCGAUGAUAGAGUUGACGAUGGACCGCAAGGCUGGAAUGAUCAACACGGCACCAUUGAAGUGGAUGAGCAGAUCAGCCCAGAGGCUGGUAGCAGCUCCACUGAUGCACGCAUGACAGAGGACUCUCAGGAUGGUGACUUUGCAUUGUCUGCGCACACCUCACAGAGUUCACAGACCCCUACCCCAACCGCAAUGGAUGCAAUGUUAUCGCAUACGUCUUCAAAUGCCAUGGAUGAAGAUAUGUAUCCUUCACCAUUGCUAUCUGCACAGGAGGUCGCAACUACUACACACAACUACGCGGCUGAUCUCUUGACAGCUCCGUCUCUCCUUAUUCAUCCUGCCUUUGGGGCGCCUCGAGUAAAUUGGCAUUACUUGUACAAGCAGCGAAGGCGGCUAGAGGACAAUUGGGACGCAGGCCGAUAUACCAACUUUCAGCUCCCUCACCCAGAUCACCCCCACGAAGCUCAUCGUGAAUGCGUCUACACCAUUCAGUAUUCUGGAAACUUCCUUGUCAGCGGCAGUAGAGACCGCACGGUUCGCAUAUGGGAUCUUGAAUCUCGGCGUCUGCUCCGAAAACCGCUCGCGGGACACACAGGGUCUGUACUCUGUCUUCAAUUUGAUGAACGCGGCGACCAGGAUAUAAUUAUUUCUGGUAGCAGUGACACCGAUGUCAUUCUCUGGCGUUUCUCAACUGGUGAGAUGAUUCGCAAGAUUGAGCGUGCUCAUCGGGAAUCAGUGCUCAACUUGCGGUUUGAUGAUCGUUACUUGAUCACAUGCUCCAAAGACAAAACGAUCAAAGUCUGGAGCCGCAGAGAAUUGCUUCCCGGUGACACGGAUUAUCCGCGCAUUACUGGAGCUGGUUCCGCUGUAUUUCCCUCUUAUAUUAUCUCGCCAGUGACGCACCCGUACCUCUACACGAAUGGUCAACUUAAUAAGAAGGUCAAGCCGCUGCCACCAUAUAGCCUGCUUAUGACAUUGCAUGGGCACAAUGCCGCCGUCAAUGCAAUUCAAGUCUAUGAUGAUCAGAUAGUUUCUGCUUCCGGCGACCGGCUCAUCAAGGUUUGGGAUAUUCGCACGGGCGAGUGCCUCAAGACGCUUCCAGGCCACCGGAAAGGAAUUGCUUGCUUGCAAUUCGAUGGCCGUAGGAUAGUCAGUGGAAGCAGCGACAAUACAGUGAGGAUAUUUGACAGAUCAUCCGGAGUGGAAGUUGCCUGUCUCGAAGCACAUGGAAAUCUGGUUCGUACAGUGCAGGCCGGCUUCGGAGACUUGCCCGGGGACGAAGACGACCUGCAAGCCGAAGCACGCGCGAUCGAUCAAAGCUUCUUUGCGGCUCGGGCUGCUGGCUCCGUGCCCGACGCUGCUGAAACCGGUCGGCUACGGAGAAGAAAUGCUGGAUCACGGAAUCCACGAGAUAUUUUAGGUUACGGUGCCAAAUUGCCCCCCGGUGGAGGGGGCACAAGAUGGAGUAGGAUCGUAUCUGGGUCAUAUGAUGAGACUGUUAUUGUCUGGCGACGGGACGCAGAGGGUAAAUGGGUUGUCGGUAGCCGUUUACGUCAAGAGGACGCGGUUUUGGCGGCUGGUGGCAGUCGGCGCGCUAUUCCCCAGGACAGAUUUACCGUUCCCCAACAUGAAAUGGCUCAGCAGCUCACUCUCCUUCAUCACGAUGCUCACGCGCAACACCACCACCCGCCUAAUCCAUCUGUUCAGCAUACGCCCGGCUCAUUCCCGCAUAUUGCCCAUGCACAAGCGGCAGCCACUGCAACAGCUCUGGCCGCACAGGGAUUUCACUCUGUCGCGACCAGUAUGCAGGCCAAUUGGCCUCAAAUCACGAAUGGCAACCAGAACUCCAACCCUCCUUCCAAUCCCGCCACUGGCCCAGGCGGAGUAUCAGUAACCGCCGCAGCCCAAUCUUCCGCUCAACAUGCUCAACAGGGGAUUGGAGCAAAUGCAGGGCCGGCCCAGCAUGGAGGAACUAUCACCACCGCAGCUGCUCAUCCUCCACCCGUGCAGAAUCAAACGCCACAUUUACACCCACCGCCUUUUCCGAAUUUACCUCAAGGCCACUUGCCGGCAAAUCACCCUCUGAAUCAUCAUCAUCAUCACCAUCAUCAUCUCCAUCCAGCGGCAGUUGAUGCUCCCAAUGGAGCAUCACAGUCAAAUUCGAGAGUAUUUAAGCUACAAUUUGAUGCCCGACGUAUCAUCUGCUGCUCACAGGACCCUCGCAUUAUUGGAUGGGAUUUUGCAAACGGAGACGAGAGCGUUAUCGAAGCAUCUCGUUUCUUCACUGGGCCAUAA